GAAGCUUCAAGAUGGCUCCCGUACAGUGGCUAUCAUCGGGCUCUCCCGUGGCCGUCACGCCGCCCAUAACCCCCCAACCCACAUCGUCCUCCCCGACUGCGUCCCCCGCGUCGAUUCCGCCGCCGCCGAGCUCUCCAAACGCCGUAGAAGCGACGCCACAGAGCCCGGAAGUCUCCAAACUGCCGUCGCCAGGCGGUCCUGACUCCAUGGACUACAAAACGGUGACGUUCACAGUGUCACCGCCUCCUUUUAACCGACGAGGCAGCCGUGAUAUCAACCGCCCGCUAUUUAGCGAGCGACAGCGCUUCACACCCACAGCGGACAAGCUCGUACUCGUCAUGGUGGGUCUCCCCGCUCGCGGCAAGUCGUUUAUCGCCAAGAAACUGUGGAAAUUCUUCUGCUGGAAAGGCCUUAAGUGCGAAGUCUUCAACGUGGGGCAACUACGCCGAGCCAAAAGCUCUGGAGCCAAGCAGGAUCACUCUUUCUUCGACCCAAACAACGCCAAAGCCAAAGAAGAGCGGGAGCUGCUCGCUCUCGAGUCCUUGAAGCAAGUGCAGCGCUGGUUUAUCGGCGAGAAUGGAGAGAAAGGGGGCGACGUGGCGGUCUUCGACGCCACAAACACCACCAAGAUGAGGAGGAAAAUGCUGCGCGAUACCUUCAGCACCUUCGCCGCAGAGCACAAGACCAGCGUGCACGUGGUGUUUGUGGAGAGUAUUUGCACCAGUGAGGCUGUGAUCAACGCCAACGUCAAGCAGAAGGUCGAGAGCAGUCCAGACUACCGCAAUAUGCCCGAAGAAGAAGCGUUUGCCGACUUGAAGCAGAGGCUGAAGAACUAUGAAGCAGCCUACGAAGCUCUGGAGGACGAGGAAGACUGCAGCUACAUCAAACUGUUCGAUAUGCAGUCGAAAGUGCACGCCAAGGGCAUCUACGGACAUGUAGCCAAGUCCAUCUUGCCUUACAUGAUGAGCUUCCACAUCGAACACCGCCCCAUCUGGCUGGUGCGUGCUGGCCACUGCACGGAAGUGCGUCGGGACUUUAAGGCUAUUAUCAAGGACCCGUGUGUGGCGCCACGCUCGGCCCACUUGAGUACACUCGGCGUGGACUUUGCCUAUCGUCUAGGCGAGUUUGUGAAGCAGCGGACGAUGGUGUGGAUGGAGAACGAAGGCAUCAUGCCAGAGGAUAACCCCACCGAGUGUCUCGUGAUGACUUCCACGCUGCCUCGUGCUGUGCAGACUGCAGAUUUCCUUCCUUGCGUCAAGCGGAUGCAAAUGGCGACUCUGAACCCGCUGGACAAGGGCGAAUGCUACGGACUGACGAUGGAUCAGAUGAAGGAGCAGAUGCCAGAAGCGUUUGCUGCCUACGAGCAGGAUCCGUGGCGUACGCGCUUCCCUGGGGGCGAGUCGUACCAAGAUCUGAUGUUGCGUCUGGAGCCAAUUCUGAUCGACAUCGAGCAACACACGGGACCUGUGCUCGUGGUGUCCCAUAUCUCCACGCUGCAAGUACUUUACUCGUACUUCCUGGGCGUGCCCAUUGAAAGCUGCCCGGCUCUGGAGAUCCCCUUCCACUCGGUGCUCGAGCUCGUGCCCAACCAGGACGGCUGGACCAAAACUGUAUUUAACAUGCGCGUGUGAGGUGACAGCACCUUUCUCUCUCUCUUUAUUCCCAAGUAUAAACCCUUUGCAGGACCCCAAGAAGUCAACACGACAUGAUUCCACCGUCU